CCCCCCUUUCCCUUUCCCCCCCUUGUCUUCACCCUUCAAGCCACACCAAUAUACCUAGUACCGACUACCGAGUGAACAAAGGUGCAGAAUCACUUUCCCGAAACAGGAUCCCUUCACGUGCUCAAUAAUCAACAUGACCACCACCGUUUUCAUUACCGGCGUUGGAAGAGGCAUUGGCAGGGGUCUGCUUGAGGCCUACCUCGCCCGUCCCAACCACACCGUCAUCGGCUCGGUCCGGAACAGCGCCGACCCGAAAUACGAUGAACUCAAGGCCCUGCCCGCCGGCGAGGGCUCCAAGCUGAUCCUGGUCAGCAUCGAGAGCAGCUCCCUCACCGACCCCAAGAAGGCCGUCGAGGAGGUCCAGGCCGCCGGCGUCUCCGUCAUCGACAUCGUCAUCGCGAACGCCGGCUACGCGCCCCCGACGGUACCCGCCGAGCAAGUCGAGAUCAAGGACGUCGUCGAGGCGUUCAACGUCAACACCGUCGGUCCCAUCGUCCUGUACCAGGCUGUUCGGCCUCUGCUGGAGAAGUCGGCCCAGCCCAAGUGGCUCUCCGUCUCCACUGCCGCUGCUUCGAUAGAUCGCCUUGACGCCUAUAAUGCGUCGUUUGUCGCUGCUUAUGGUAUUUCCAAGGCUGCGCAGAAUUGGUUCACCGUGGGUGUGCAUUCUGCGAACAAAUCAUUUAUUGUUUUCGCCAUCCACCCUGGUUUGGUCCAGACUGAGAUGGGCAACGCGGGUGCUCGCAGCCUGGGGUUGAAGGAAGCCCCUAAUACCAUCGAGGAGAGUGUUACCAAGACUAUUGACUUUGUCGAGAAGUCUACCCGAGAGGAGACCUCUGGCAAGUUCUUUAACGUUAUUGAUGGGGCUGUCAUCCCCUGGUAAGGAGCAUCAAGGACAUAGGUUAGAGCGCAGUAAUGAAGAUGGUUGAUGGUAGUCACGAAAACAUAUGUUUCAAUGGCAACAAGAACUGUAGAUACCUUGAACUAUUUCCUUGUUUAUACCAUAUGCAGAAAACAGUACACUAGUUUCCCAAAGCC